ACUCGUACAGAGCAGAUGACGGGCGAACAACAUGUAAAUUCGAAACUUGUAAUUGUUAAUUGAAGAACGAAGAUGGAACACAGCGGGCAGCAGGCGGAAAGCGUUGACAGGGCAGAAACGCGACAACAUGCAACAGCUGAUUUGAAAUUUGGGAACAUUUCAUUACAAAAAGCCACGAAUGUCACCUAUCACCAUCCUUUGGUGGACAGGAAUGUUCGUAGUAAAAUGAUGGGUCGGGGCCGUUUCAGGGGAUGCACCCUCUGGUUUACAGGAUUUUCUGGUGCUGGUAAGACGACGCUGUCCUUUGCGCUAGAGGAUUACCUCAUAGCUCGAGGCAUUCCAUCGUUUUGUCUGGAUGGUGACAAUAUGCGAGUCGGCCUCAAUUCCGAUUUGGAUUUCUCUGAUGGCGAUCGAGAGGAGAACAUCCGACGUGUGACUGAAGUGUCCAAACUCUUUGCCGAGUCCGGCGUCGUGACGCUCUGCGCAUUCGUUUCGCCCUUCCGUCAGGAUCGAGAUAAUGCUAGGAAAAUUCAUCAGAAAGCUGGACUUCCGUUCAUGGAAAUCUACGUUGACGCUCCGCUGGAAGUUUGUGAAAAACGGGACCCCAGAGGCCUCUACAAAAAGGCUCGACGAGGCGAAAUCAAAAAUUUCACUGGAAUUGAUUCACCGUACGAACCCCCACAGCGUCCGGAUAUGACGUUGCCCACCAAUGAAAUGUCCGUCAGUGAGUGCACUCAACAGCUCGUCGAUAUGCUCGUCACAAGAAACAUUUUACCUCAAACGGCCCAAGCGUCCGUCCUGGAACUUUUCGUAGCCGAUCCAAUCCAAGCCAGAGCCGAAAUGGAAACGUUACCUUCAUUGGAAAUCAGCAAAAUUGAUCUGCAAUGGGUACAGGUGUUGUCUGAAGGAUGGGCAUCUCCUCUCAGAGGAUUUAUGAGAGAACGUGAAUAUCUCCAGAUCAUGUACUUUAAAAGUAUUCACGAAGGUGUGGCCGUCUCCAAUCAGAGCAUGCCCAUCGUGUUGGCCGUCAGCAAGGAGAAUAAACUAAGGUUAAGUGGCUGUCCGGCCAUUGCGCUGCGCUACCUGGGCAAACCGAUAGCUAUUAUGAGGGCGCCCGAAUUCUUCGAGCACCGCAAAGAGGAGCGAUGCGCCAGGCAAUUCGGGACGACGCAUCCCGACCACCCUUACAUCCGCAUCAUCAACGCCAGCGGCGACUGGCUCGUCGGCGGCGAACUGGAAGUCCUGGAACGCAUCCGAUGGAACGACGGCUUGGACCAGUACCGGCUGACGCCCACCGAACUCAAACGAAUUUUCCAAGCGAUGGGAGCCGACGCCGUUUUCGCUUUCCAACUAAGAAACCCCGUCCACAACGGACACGCGCUUUUGAUGCAAUUCACGCGUCAAACGCUGCUGGAACGCGGAUACAAGAAGCCCGUCCUGUUGCUCCAUCCGCUGGGCGGUUGGACCAAAGACGACGACGUUCCGCUACCCGUCAGGAUGGAACAGCACCAGGCCAUCCUGGAAGAGAAAGUCCUCGAUCCGGAAAACACUGUCCUGGCCAUUUUCCCAUCGCCGAUGAUGUACGCCGGCCCGACAGAAGUUCAAUGGCACGCCAGAGCUCGAAUGACGGCCGGAGUCAAAUUUUACAUCGUUGGCAGAGACCCAGCCGGAGUCGAACACCCCGAUCCUUUUAUGAACAAGCACCUUUACGAGCCGACUCACGGAGGCAAAGUCCUCUCCAUGGCUCCAGGGCUAGCCGGCAUGGAAAUCAUUCCCUUCCGAGUGGCGGCUUACGACAAAGUGGCCAACGCCAUGAAUUUCUUCGACCCGGAACGCAGCCAAGAUUUCGAUUUCAUUUCAGGCACUCGCAUGAGAGCUUUAGCACGAUCAGGUAGACCUCCACCCGAUGGAUUCAUGUCGUCUAAAUCGUGGGAAGUGCUCGCCCGUUACUACAAUUCGUUGCGUUGAGCAAUUCAUCCAGUCGUUGUGCGUAUUGCGCUGCACGAAUAUACCGCUCAUUGUCUACAUUCUGUU